AUGCCGAAAAUCAACUUGUCUCUCGACGCCGAACAGGCCGCUUUCGACCAGGAAGUCGCCGAGAUCAAGUCAUGGUGGAAGUCGUCCCCCAAGCAGCGCCAGCUGAAGCGCCCAUACCCGGCUGAGCGCAUUGCGGCGCUUCGGAGCUCGAUCAAGCAGAAAUACCCGUCGAGCGACAUGGCAUUGAAGCUGUGGGAGCAGAUGAACGAGCACCAGAAGAACGGAACUUGUGAGCUGACAUUCGGCUGCACUGAUCCGCUGCAAGCGGGUGUCAUGGCGAAGCAUCAGCAGACCAUCUACGUCUCUGGAGCGCUAUGCGGUUAUUCGCAGGUCAGCCAGCCUGGGAUGGACCACGCAGAUUACCCGUGGGAUACGGUGCCCGCGACAGUCAACAAGAUCUUCCGGUCUCAGCAAUGGCAGGAUCAGCGACAGCGCCAAUUCCGCUUCCUGUACCCUAAGGCCGACCGGGCAGGUCUGGAGCAAUGGGACUUCCUCACUCCCAUCGUGGCCGACGGAGACAUGGGCUUCGGCGGUCUGACCCAUACGAUGAAGAUGACGAGAGCGUUCGUCGAGGCCGGCGUGGCCAUGUUCCAUCUCGACGAUCUGGCAAUUGGAACCAAGAAGUUCACCAUCGGUGAAGGACGAACCGUCGUCCCGACCAGCGAGUAUCUGUCUCGGCUGACGGUUGCGCGCAUGCAGAUCGACAUCAUGGGCGCGGAGACGAUGCUCAUGUGCCGCUGCGACACCGACCACGCAGGCUACAUCACGUCUGUGAUCGACGCUCGCGACCACGCGUACGUCCUGGGCGCCACCAAGCCCGUGGAGCCGCUCACCAUGGUCCUGUCCAAAGCGCUUGCCAGCGGCGCCGACUACCUGCAGACGCAAAAGGACUGGCUCGCCUCGGCGGAACUGAAGACGUUCGACGACGCCGUCGCAUCCCACGCUGCAUCCUCCCCUGACAGCGUGGCAGCGUACCAAGCCGCGGUCAAGAAAGCUUCCGGCUCGGCCUCCAUUUCGCUGUCUGCCCGCCGCGCCCUGGCCGCCGAGCACCUCCCCAAGGAGCUCUACUCGACGCUCUUCUUCGACUGGGACCUGUGCCGGACGCCCGAGGGCUCGUACCGCUUCGCGCCGACCGUCGACGCCGUCAUCUCGCGGGCCCUCCUCGCGGCCGGCCUGGGCGAAGUCACCUGGGCGCGCAUGGACUACCCCGUGCCGUCGGACAUUGACACGUUCCACAAGGCCGUGCGCGCCGUGCACCCGGACCGCAAGUUCGCCUUCGGAUACACGGGCGGGUACGACUGGCUCAAGGCGGGCUGGACCGCGGAAGAAAUCAAGGAGUUCCCGUGGGCCAGCUCCAAGAAGUACGGCAUCGUGUGGCAUGUCCAGCCCAUCUGGGCGCUGCAGGGCAUGAGACGCGCCGUCGAGGAAUUCUCGGCGCUUUGGCAGAAGGGUGGCAUCGCCGCUUACAUGAACGCCGUCCAGGCCAAGGAGCUGAAGACCAGCUAUCCGGGCUUGGCCGCGCGCACCGACGGCGCUGCCGCCGAUACAAACGGGGUCGAGGAGGACGACGCCGACAACGCGGGAUACGCCAGGUUUAGGUUCUCCGGUGCCUACUUGGCCGAUGCCCUCUUGGAGACCGCCACCAUGGGCGUCGACGGCGCCGAGAAGGGCUUGUUGAUGGGUGAAGGCGUGGUCAAAGGUCCCAAGGCGAAUCGCUUUGGCUAA